UGGUUGGGGACAUUCAUGGCCAGUACUAUGACUUGCUGAAACUCUUAGAUGUUGGCGGAGACCCCGACACAACCCAGUACUUGUUUCUGGGGGACUACGUGGACCGGGGGAGCUUCUCAAUCGAGGUUUUGCUGCUGCUGUUUGUCUUGAAGCUAAACCACCCUUCUAGGGUUUGGCUGCUGCGCGGAAAUCACGAGUGUAGACAAAUGACAUGUUUUUUUAAUUUCCGAGAUGAGUGCGAGUGCAAGUUCGACAUGGAGGUUUACUACGCCUUUAUGGAGAGCUUCGAUUCGCUGCCACUCGCGGCAGUCAUCAACGGCAAGUUCCUCGCACUUCAUGGGGGUCUGAGCCCGGAGCUCAAGGUGCUGAGCCAAAUAGGAGGCAUAAACAGAUUUCAGGAACCCCCAAGAGGAGGUUUAUUCUGCGACUUGCUUUGGGCGGAUCCUCUCGACGAAGCAAAAGAAGAUGCAGACGCUCAGCUCGCGCAAAGCGUCGACGGCGCGUUUAUCCCCAACGACGUGCGGGGCUGUUCUUUUUUCUUCGCCUACUCCGCCGCAAGUUCCUUUUUAGAUCGAAAUGGACUUUUGUCAAUUUUGAGGGCCCACGAGGCCCAGCUCGAGGGCUACAAGAUGCACCAGACAAACCUCAAAACAGGGUUUCCCACGGUCAUUACGAUAUUUUCGGCGCCGAAUUACUGCGACGUGUACAACAACAAAGGAGCAGUCCUCAAGUUCGAGGUACUUUUUCCCUAG